AUGGGGGGUGGGUAUUCAAGUCCUUCCCCACCUCCGCCACCUCCCCCACCUCCCCCACCUCCGCCUCCUCCCCCACCUCCCCCACCGCCGCUUCCACACAACUAUGAAGCUAUUUUGAGAGAAGCUGACUCACCCAUCAACAAAUCCUCAGUGGAAAAACUCCUUGAACAGCUCCGUUCUGGAAUAACCUUAAACCAAAAGAGAAAGAAGUAUUGGGUUGACAAGAAGUCCAACAACUGCUUUAUGGUGUAUGCAAGGGAUCUCUCGAUCUCUUGGGCUGAAGACGAUCGUAACUGGCUCUGGCCCUCCCUGCAAGAAACCAGUGGUGUCUUCAUUGAUGCUGCUGAAAUGAUUAAUGAAUGUUGGCUAGAAGUGCAUGGACAAUUUGAGACUACAAAGCUGUCACCAGGAACUCUGUAUGAAGUUGCGUUCGUGGUCAAGCUGAAAGCUUCAGCUCAUGGAUGGGAUAAAGUAUACCAUGGGUAUUUUUGGUAG